UUGCCGGUAUACGUUUAAGACAUCAAAGAUGGGAGACAGAAAAUUUUUCGUUGGUGGCAACUGGAAGAUGAACGGCUUGAAACCCGAUAUUGACGAAAUUGUUGCGUUCAUGAAUGCAGGACCUUUGAACGAAAAUACUGAUGUUGUAGUCUCUCCGCCAGCGAUCUACUUGGAUUAUGCCCGACAGAAGUUGAACGCCAACAUCGGUGUCGCUGCACAGAACUGUUAUAAAGCUGGCAAAGGAGCAUUCACAGGUGAUAUCAGCCCUGAAAUGAUAAAAGACUGUGGAUGUGAAUGGGUUAUCCUUGGACAUUCCGAGAGAAGGAAUGUAUUUGGUGAAAAUGAUGAGCUGGUUGGUGCAAAGACAAAGUAUGCACUCUCACAGGGACUUAGUGUCAUUGCCUGUAUAGGAGAAAAGCUUGAAGAGAGAGAGGCAGAUCAAACAAUGGAUGUAGUACAACGACAGACUACAGCACUGAUAGAAAACAUUGGAGACAACUGGGGGAAGGUGGUACUAGCCUAUGAACCUGUGUGGGCUAUUGGUACUGGUAAAACAGCCACACCUGACCAGGCCCAGGAAGUACAUCAAAAACUGAGGGCAUGGCUUGCAGGAAAAACAUCUGAUACUGUGGCACAGAGUCUUCGUAUUAUUUAUGGAGGAUCUGUCAAUGCUGGUAAUUGUAAGGAUCUAGCCCAGAAAGAAGACAUUGAUGGUUUUCUAGUAGGUGGUGCUUCCCUCAAACCCGACUUUGUGAAAAUUGUGAACGCCAAGGAGUAACAUUCCAUUUAACUCACACUGAAACAAAGUGCUUGUUGUAUACUGACGGAGCAGCCCUGGAACGGUUCAUGGACAAUGUGUGUGCACAAGAAACAUCACCUGUAGAGAUUGCAUGUGCUUAAAACAGAGCUGUUGCUAAAAUAAAGUGCUUCUGUGAGUGAGCUACAUGUUUGUACAUGAAACACAAGGUUCAUCACAGCAUUAGCUUCACCACAAAACAUUGAUGAUUGUAAAUUUAUAACCUUUUGAAUUGAAGGUGUAGUAUAUAUAUCCCAUGGUUAAAAUGGUUCUUGUUACUACUCAUAACAAUAUGUAUGCUGAGUCCUUUCAUUUCAGAGAUUUUUAAUAGGAAUAUUUUUAUGUGUGUAAGCCUUAUUAUAAAGGCAGUCCCUGCUAAUCUCCUACCAGCUUAGUGUUGUUACAGUCAUUGCAGCAGUGUAUUAUCAUUUGCUGUAUAAAAUCUCAUGUAAACAUUUGAAAAAUAAAAGAUAUGUGAAUAAA